AUGAUCGUUGUGUUUGCGUCGGCAAUAUCCAUGGAGAUCGGCGGGAGGCCGCGCGACACGCACACCUCCACAGGUCCACCGGCUAGCGUCCCCCAAAUAGGCCUACAGGAAUCUUAUCGGACAUUUUGGGCCGGAAUCCGUGCGAAAUUUUGGCGCGGGCGCGCGGGCUGCGCUUAUUUAGGCCUACGCGGGGAGCGCGAGAGACGCGCGCGCCGCGCCGCCUCGGCGCUCGGCUUUGGCGCGGCGCCGCUCGGGCCCCGGGCAGGCCGGCGGCGGUGGCGGGCCGUGUGCGGCGCCCUGGGAAGGGCCCGGGCGGCGGCGGGCCAGCGGGCGCCCCGGCGGCGGCGGCGGCGGCGCGCCGGGGCGGGCGGGGGGCGCGGCCGGGCCGGGGCGCAGGGCCGCGGCAGGGGCAGGGGCGUAGGGCGCGCAGGUGAGGCGCGCGCGGCUAGCGGUGGCCAAGUGACGGCCGGCGCGCGCGCCGCGACCUCGGGCCCAAACGGCGCAUCCGACGCCGGCGGUGGGCAGAGCCGCCUGAUAGAAGAAAUACAAUUUAAACGGAGCGAGAAAUUAUUAUCCAGUUGCUUUGGUUACUUCAAUCCUAUUAUUUCGUCUAAUCUAAAGAUGCAAAGGAAGCGACCGCCUACUAGGAUCAAAGCGGUGCACCAU